GGUUAAGGUGGUUUUCCUUCUUACAAAGCCUUUUUCAUUCCUUGAGAAUGGUUAAAUCCCAGUCAAAUCAAAACUUGUUUAAUCCGAUUAAAAGUCCGAUAAUGAUAAAGAAAAAGAUAUAAAAAUUAAAAUGGGAAAGGCCGAAAUUUCGUUUUGCGAGAAAUUUGGUAAACGAGACGAGUCGAAGAAAAAAAAAAAAAAAAAGAAAACAAAAAAAGAGCGGGUAGAAACAGUGAAGAGCUGUUGAAAGCGAUAACAAUGGCUUCUACUUUGUAAAAUACUGAAACAUUCUGUUGGAAAAAUUCAAUUCUAAGAGUGUUUUGUUUUUUUUUCUCGCGAACCAAACAGGGCGCCAAAUGCUAGCAGUGUUUCGAGUGUCAAUACUCGCUGUAAUAAGCGUUAGCAAUAAAAGCACAAUACCUCUUCUGAGCUUUGCUCAAAAUAUCGCCCUCAUACCAUGCAAUGUCAAACUAUAUCAAUCUAUAAACUGCGAGAAAACACCUAAAAUCGCAUUACCCGGAAGAGAUUAUAGCGCCAAUUCUGAUGUAGCACGGUCCAAUUGGCUGAUUACGAAGCUAAGCAAAGAUGGUAAACUUUUCGAGGCACGCCAGCAGUUUGAUAAGAUGCCUGAUAAAGACGUGGUCACUUGGACGACGGUUAUCACUGGGUAUAUCAGAUGUGGAAUGAUCGAGGAGGCGAGGAGGCUGUUUGAUAGGGUGGAUGCUAAGAAGAAUGUUAUCACUUGGACUGCGAUGGUAAGCGGGUAUAUACGGUUGAAGCGGAUUAAGGAAGCAGAGAGGUUGUUUCUUGAGAUGCCUGUGAAGAACAUGGUUUCUUGGAACACAAUGAUAGAUGGGUACGCGCAAAAUGGCCGGGUUGAUUUGGCACUCGAUUUGUUUGAAAGAAUGCCAGAGAAGAAUGUGGUUUCUUGGAAUACAAUCAUAACGGCGUUGGCUCAAUGCCGGAGGAUUGAGCAUGCACGUAGACUUUUUGAUGAAAUGCCUGACAGGGAUGUGAUUUCUUGGACAGCAAUGGUCGCGGGCUUGUCUAGAAACGGGAGGAUUGAUGAAGCCCGGGAACUUUUUGACAGGAUUCCAGUGCGGAAUGUGGUUUCCUGGAAUGCAAUGAUUACAGGCUACGCACAAAAUAUGAGAUUGGAUGAGGCUUUUGAAUUGUUUGAGAGGAUGCCGGAGAGAGAUAUGCCUUCAUGGAAUACUAUGAUUACUGGUUUUAUUCAGAAUGGGGAUCUAAAGAGGGCAUGGGAAUUGUUUAAUGAAAUGCCCCAAAAGAAUGCCAUCUCUUGGACCACAAUGAUCACAGGAUAUAUACAAGACGGGCAAAAUGAAGAAGCAUUGAAAAUCUUUUCGAAAAUGGUGGCAGCUGGUGGUGUGAGACCGAAUCAAGGAACUUUCGUAAGUAUUUUGAGUGCUUGUAGCAACUUAGCUGGCCUUGGUGAGGGACAGCAAAUCCAUCAGAUGAUAAGUAAAACAGUCUAUCAGGGCUCUGCUUUCUUGGUAUCAGCACUCAUAAACAUGUACUCAAAAUGUGGAGAGUUGAGCACUGCAAGGAAAAUGUUUGAUGAUGGCUCUACAAGCCACAGAGAUUUGAUCUCCUGGAAUGGCAUGAUUGCUGCAUAUGCACAUCAUGGAUGUGGCAUGGAGGCAGUUGACUUGUUUAACGAAAUGCAGAAAUUAGGCGUCAAACCUGAUGAUGUCACGUAUGUGGGGCUUCUCUCUGCAUGCAGCCAUGCUGGUUUGGUGGAGGAGGGGUUACAAUACUUUAAUGAGCUUGUUAGAGACAGGUCAAUAAGAGUAAGAGAGGAUCACUUUACAUGCUUUGUUGAUCUUUGUGGUCGUGCAGGGAGGCUCAAAGAGGCUUUUGAUUUCAUUGCACAACUUGAGACUAAGCCAUCAGCAUCUGUUUGGGGGGCUCUUCUUGCUGGAUGUAAUGUUCAUGGUAACAUGAAUAUUGGGAAGCUGGCUGCACAGAAGCUUUUAGAAGAUGAGCCAGAGAACUCUGGCAGUUACUUGCUGUUAUCCAACAUCUAUGCUUCCUCUGGAAAAUGGAGGGAAGCUGCUAAAAUGAGGUUAAAAAUGAAGGAGAAGGGGUUGAAGAAGCAGCCUGGUUGCAGUUGGAUAGAAGUGGGGAAUAAGAUCCAUGUUUUUGUAGUUGGUGAUAAGUCACACUGUCAAUCUAAAAUUAUUUGUUCUUUACUUAGUGAUCUUCAUGAACUGAUGAAGAAGAUUGGACAUGUACCAAAUAGUGAUUUAACAGUGGAAGAAGAAUUUUCAAUACCAUAAGUUUUGAAUUUGCAGAUAUAUCGAGGUACAAUAGAAGAAGAAAGGACCUGAUAUUGAAAACA